AUGACUGUCAUCACCUCCGCCUCAAUAAUUAACGACCACGAAUCAGAGGGUUCCAGAACAGACCACAGUCCCUCUCGAUUUACAGCAGUGAACGGGAAGGACUCCUUGAUAUCUGCGACACCGACGUCUGUUCCUGCUGUCCCUAGCUCAGCAACGGACGAAGACUCACGAGAACCCUCUGAGCACUGUGGAAGAAGCGGUUACGAUGAUACAACACAUCGGCAUGAGGAACGACUGCGUGAAAAUGGAAACCUCAAGAACGACCAAGAAGAUCGACGGUCACAACGAUCGUCCUCGCAAUGUGCUGUGUCUGUUACUAGCAGAAGCAAACGAAAGAGGUCAAGAUCUGGUGAACAUGAAGACGAUGCUCUUUCCACCCACAGAGCUCUGAAAAGCCCAGCCUCUCACCUAAACGACACUACAAAUCAAAAUACGCACCCAUGUACAUCCAACGGAAGCACGACAUCCCAGGCCGACCAGGAUCUUAAGAACACGUCCCCCCUGGUGUACACCAGGCCAGAGGGGAGUGAAGAUUCACGAACCUCAGCAAAUACUACCUGGCAUGAGUAUGAUGCCCAGUUGGUCAGCCAAGCACAACGUGCGCAACAGAUUGAUGCAUCAGAUGCUCAAUUGGCAGAGGCACUCCAACGUGAGGCUCAGGGGCAUGAUGUAACUCAGAAGAAUUGGACUACGGUCAGUCGCUCAAUAGAAGGUACCACACAGAAUGAGCAGUCUCCAUCAUCGUUGGCUGGGUUUUCCCAGGAGCGGCCGCAAACUGCUGUACAAGUUGCGCCAAAGAGAAAGCGCGUUUUCAGCAACAGGACUAAAACUGGGUGUAUGACAUGCCGAAGGAGAAAGAAAAAAUGUGACGAACAACACCCUGCAUGUAAUAAUUGCAUCAGGGGUGGUUUUCUUUGUGAGGGCUAUUCCUCACGGAGUACAUGGCAGAAGCCGUCAAGUGGGAAAACACCAGUUCCUUUACAAUCAAAGGAAGGCUAUGCAGAUGUCGGCAGUCAAUACGUGCAUGACAUCGCCCAACAACAUGAUCGACAACAAAGUUUGACCGAACAGCUCGAGGGAGGGAAGAUGCGGUCGAUUGUGGUAGACGAUAACGACCGCACCACCACACAGUUCAACAACUCAAGCCCAACAGGCGUUGGUUCCGGCCGUGGGUCAUGGUCCAAACGGUCCUGGCCGAAUACAGGCCACACCACUUAUAUCACUGAUCAUAUCGCAAAGCCUGAUUACCGAGAUGUACCAUCCAUCCAUGAGCUACCCCGCGAAAGUCACCCGAAAACAGAUUAUCAAAUUGUGCCGCCGAUUCGGGAGCUAUCACAUGGCACCGCCCAUGGGAAACCAGGGGUCUCGCUUUUCCAAGGCGGAAUUGACCAGCGGCCAGGUCUUGCUACUAAUGUGGACACUAGCAGUCCACAAGCCCAAGCGCGAAUGGCCCUGAGCAUUGAACAUCAGUUAUCUGCACGCACCGUUCCCGGUGAAGAGACAGAAAAGGAUAAAAUGAUACGUGGUGAACUUUAUCGGCCCUUCGAUAUUCAUCUUGUGGAAGAGAGGGAGCGCUGUAAAGUUGCGCUGUGGCGGUUCAACAAUGCCUGCAAUCCCGUUUCUGGACUAAGCAAUAAAGAACAAAACCGCCUUCUUAAAGAAAUAUUAGUACCACCUACUUCGGCAGUGGGCUCACCCUCAGGUGUCCCCUCCCCUCGCCCGACGGGUUCCAUCGGGCAAGGUGCGGUUGUUGAGGCGCCCUUCCAGUGCCAUUACGGAUAUAACAUUCACAUUGGCGAGGACGUGAUGAUAUCUGAGAGCUGUUUAUUUGUGGACGAUUGUCCUAUCACUAUCGGUGCCCACACGUGGAUUGGUUCCAGGGUGACCAUUCUUAGUUCAAUGGCCCACGCAAAUAUGCAGGAGCGUAAAGGGUCUCAAAGCCGUUAUCAAGGACGACCCGUUACGAUUGAAGAAGAUUGUUACGUCGGCGCUGGCUGCACAAUUUACCCUGGUGUUCGCCUUCGACGUGGAGCUUAUGUAGCACCAGGUGAAGUUGUCAAAUCCGACAUCGUAGCUUAUGGGUUUCAGGGCCUUAAACCCAGCUACAUGUGA